UCCAUAACUCCAUAGAAAUAAAUUUGUACUAUUGACUUUUGUCAUGAGUCAUGAGAUGAUAUUACUAUUAAGGUGGCUCAAAACCAUUUGGUGAGAUGAUGACCCUCCAAUGCUAAAUACCUCAACCUGUCAAUAAACUAAUGGAGGAAAAAAGAAAUGUGAACCCCAUUGUUUUCUGUGAUCUAACUGCUCCCACACCAUGUCAAAAUUCCUUGUUUGGAACCCUCUCUAGGAACCCUCCCCCUCUUCAAACUCUUGAUCUCCUUAAGAAUCUUGGCUGUUCUUCUUCUUCUUCUUCUCCUCUUGGUAAUAAGAAGCACCCGCACCCGGAUGACAACGACAGGGAAUUGGAAGAAUGCGAGGAGUGGAGGAGGAGGAGAAAGCAAUCUGCUGUUUAUGGUCAUCAUGUAGAAGAAGAAGAAGAAGAUGAUGAUGAUGAAGAUGAUGUGGAGUUAUCAGAGAUGUUCGACAGGUUUCUGCUGUGUUCAGAUCCUAAUGAGUAUAGCAUGAAUAUUCAACCAGCAGCAGCUGGAAAGAGGAAAGAAAUUGGGCGAGUUAAACAUGACGAUGAUGAACAUAAUAAGAGUAAGAACCCAAGACUCGGCAUAGAUCUGAGUGCCCUUUUGAUCAGCUGUGCCAAAUCCAUCGCCUCAUACGAUCACAGAACUGCAAGUGAGCACUUGAAGGAGAUCAGGCUGCACUGCUCCCCUUCCGGCAACGGCGACCAGCGGCUGGCUUAUGUUUUCGCGCAGGGACUGGAGGCGCGUCUGGCCGGCACCACCACACCUCCGGUGCCGCCCAAGAAGAUCACCGCUUUCGACUUGCUCGAAGCCUACCGGUCUUACAUGCAGACAUGUCCCUUCGCCAAGAUCACUUUCGCCUUCGCAAACAAGAUGAUUUAUCUCGCCUCCUCCGGUGCCAAGACCAUACACAUCAUCGAUUUCGGCAUUCUCUUCGGCUUCCAAUGGCCCAUCCUCAUCCAGCACCUCUCCAACCGGCCCGGCGGCCCUCCCAGGGUCCGCAUCACCGGAAUCGAACUUCCUCCGCCCGGUUUUCCACCGCAACCACCAGCCCAAUUGGUGCACCAAACAGGGCGGCGCUUGGCCAAGUACUGCCACCGCUUCGGCGUCCCAUUCGAGUACAAUGGGAUCCCUACCCGCAAUUGGGAGGGGGUCAGAGUGGAGGACUUGAAGCUCUCCGGGAGUGGAGAUGAAAUGGUUGUGGUGAAUUGUAUAUUCAGAUUCAAAGACAUGCUGGACGAGUCGGUGGGCAUGGAGAACAACCCGAGGGACGCCGUCCUGAGGCUCAUAAGGAAACUGAACCCGAAUCUCUUCGUGCACUCCAUCGUCAACGGGAGCGUCAACUCCCCCUUCUUCGACAUCCGAUUCCGGGAGGCCCUGUUCCACUACAAUGCCCAUUUCGACAUUCUUGAAAAGACGUUGCCCCGGGACGAUCCGCAGAGGGCUCUGUUCGAGCAGGAAUUCUUCGGGCGGGAGGCGUUUAACGUGGUGGCCUGCGACGGGGAAGAGAGGGUUUCGAGGCCGGAGACGUACAAGAAGUGGGGGGCGAGGAGCGCCGGAGCCGGGUUCAGGAUUCUCCCGCUGAACCCGGAGGUGACGGGAAUGUUGAGGAAGAAGAUUGCUACGGAGGAGCAUUUGCUACACAGAUGGAUUGCUGCUGCUUCAGCCCGUGACGUUAUUGUCUCUAUUCUUCUGAGGAUUGAUCUUUUCACAUACUGUAUGUUUAUGGAUCCUCGAUUCACUGGCUUUGCAGAGCACGAAGAUCCAUUCCUUGUUUCAACCUUUCUGCAAUCGUUGGAUACUCCUCAAAAUGACUCUUUAGCAGCUCUGGGUUUCACCGAUAACCCUUGGACCACACUUGGUUCCAACCAUGGCCAUUUUGUUCCACCUGCAGAUUUGGAUUCCCCAGAUGCCGAUGACCCUAUGUCCAAGGGUCCACCUGCAGAUUUGGACUCCCCAGAUGAUGAUGACCCUGUGUCCAAGUACCUCAGCCAAAUACUAUUGGAGGAGAACAUCGGUGAGAAGCCGAGUAUGUUCCAUGAUGCAGUUUCUCUUCAAGCUGCCGAGGAUGACUUCUCAAGCUCCCAUGAUAAGAGCCAACUUUCACCUCAUCAAUCCCAAGUUAGCCAUAAUAACCCAGAAAGCUCAGGCAACAUAUAUGAGAAUUCCAAUGCAAGCAAUGGCACCAUUGGUUCUCUAAAUACAAAUAAUAUCCAAGUAUCAGAUGUCAGUAAGCUUGGAAAUAUGUUUGGUGACACAGAGGCCAUACUAAAUUUCAAGAGAGGAAUGGAGGAAGCUAGUAAAUUCCUGCCCGCUAAUAAUGAAUUGUUUAUUGAUUUCGAUAGAUACCCAUUUCCUCAAAAGACAGUUGAGUUGCCUAGGGAUAAUGCUAUAAACAAGGUAAGGAAUACUGAGAUUGAUAACAAUUCACUUAGAGGAAAGAAGCAUCAGCAUCCCGAUCAUGGCUAUGAGUUUGAAGAAGAGAGGAGCAGCAAGUUAUCUGCGGUUUAUGGGGAAGAACAGUUAUCGCAGAUGUUUGAUAAGGUUUUGCUGUCUGAUAGUAAUGUGAAAAAUCGUGUGAAGAAUAUUCAAUGCUCACCUGAAGUAGUUGGCAAGGGCAGGCCUCGUAAUGGUGGGAAACGACAUCCUAAUAAGCAGCAGCAGGGAGAUACAACAAGUGAAGUUGUAGAUCUGCAUACUCUUUUGAUAAGAUGUGCACAAUCGGUUGCCACUGACGACCACAAGUCUGCAAAUGAACAAUUAAAACAGAUCCGGAAGCACUGUUUGGUCAAUGGUGAUGCAGAUCAGAGGGUGGCAUAUAUAUUAGCAAACAGCCUUGAGGCGCGUCUGGCUGGCACGGGGACCCUCCUCUUUAAGUCCCUAACCCCUAAAGGAAUCACAGCUUUUGACAAGUUAAAAGGAUACCAGGUUUACAUGUCCGCAAUUCCUUUUAAGAGGACAGCAAUAGACUUGGCAAAUAAAAUGAUUUACAUGGUCUCAUUGGAAGCCAAAGCGCUACAUGUCAUCGAUUUCGGCAUUCAUUACGGUUUCCAAUGGCCCAUCCUUCUCCAGCAUCUUUCGAACAGGCCAGGUGGGCCUCCUACACUUCGUAUUACCGGAAUCGAUUAUCCUAAACCUGGUUUCCGUCCAGCGGAAUUGAUAGAAGAGACCGGGCGCCGCUUGACAGAUUAUUGUGAACGCUUUGGCAUACCAUUCAAGUACAAUGCCAUAGCGACACGAAAUUGGGAGACGAUUAAAAUUGAAGAUUUGGAGCUUGGUGAUGAUGAGAUGGUUGCCGUGAAUUGCUCAUUCCAGUUUAAAGACGUGCUUGAUUAUAAGGUGGUUAUGGAGGAUAGUCCUCGUGAUGCCGUCCUCAGGCUAAUCAGGAAAGUGAACCCAAGGGUUUAUGUGCAAGCUGUUGUAAACGCAGCUUAUGGCACGCCAUUCUUUGCUUCUCGGUUCCGGGAUGCUCUCUACCACUACUACUCCUUUGAUAUUUUCCACAUUUUUGUUUAUUAACCUCAGCUUUCCUCCAGGGGGGCUACGGUUACCGGACCAAGCGGUAAAAUCUUGAUUCGG